AUGCAUCCAGCCAUUGGAUUCUUCUUCGUUGCCUCUGUCAUUGCGCUGCUCGUUAGGUGGGCCAAUAGAACCGAUAUCCCAAAGAUCAAGAACCUACCCGAACUUCCUGGAGUGCCAAUUUUUGGAAGUUUGAUACUUCUCGGCAAAUAUCAUGCCAGAAACUGUGCCAGACUGGCCAAGACGUACGGCGAUGUAUUCCAGGUUCGUCUAGGCAACCGUAGAUUCAUUUAUGCGAACUCGUUCGAAGCGGUGAAGGAGCUAUGGAUCAAGAAUCAGUCAGCACUCACCUCUCGACCAAAGUUCUGGACGUUCCACGACGUGGUUUCGCAAACCCAGGGAGUCUAUACCUUGGGAACCUCUCCAUGGUCUGAAUCCCUCAAGAAAGCCCGCAAGGCGGCAGCGACGGCCUUGAACAGACAGGCAGUUCAGACAUACCUCCCAUUCAUCGACCUGGAGUCUACUGCCAGCAUCAACGAACUGGUCCAGAACAUCAAAAACGGCUAUGACUUGGACCCCAACGGUUAUUUCCAACGCUUCUCUUUGAACAUCAGCCUUACUCUGAACUACGGCAUCCGUAUCCAGGGCACUGUCAAAGACAGCACUCUCAAUGAAGUCGUUGCGGUUGAGCGAGAGCUGGCAAACAUCCGCGGCAUUGCGCAUAACUGGCAAGACUAUGUUCCUUUGCUCCGAAUACUUCCGGGGUACAAGUCGAAUGCCAUCAAGUAUCGAGGUCGAAGGGACGAAUACAUCCUCAGUUUCUUCAAUCAGCUGAAAGAGCGAAUCGCGAACGGUACCGACCACCCGUGCAUUGCCGGCAAUGUCCUGAAAGAUCCAGAAGCUAAACUGGCUGAAAAUGAGCUGAAGUCUAUCUGUUUGACCAUGGUCGCCGCCGGCCUCGACACGUUGCCUGGAAAUAUCAACAUGACGAUUGCUUACCUCUCUUCACCGCACGGCCAGGAGAUCCAAGCAAGAAUGUAUGACGAAAUCAUCAAAUCUUAUCCUGGACAAGACCCGUGGCAUGCGUGUUUAUAUGAAGAAACGUCUGAGUACGUUGUUUCCUUUGUGAAGGAGGUGCUUCGCUUCUGGUCGACUCUCAACUUGUCCUUCUAUCGCCAAAGUGUUAGUGAUAUCACUUACAAGGGUGCUGUCAUCCCUGCGGGGACGCCUUUCUUGAUGAAUAUGUGGGCAGCCAAUCAUGAUCCUACACACUUCAAGUCGCCCAUGGAAUUCGUCCCGGAACGCUUUAUAGGACAGUCUGGCGUCGGGGAGGGCACGCAGCACUUUGGCUAUGGAGCUGGUACUCGGAUGUGCGCAGGUGCUCAUCUUGCGAACCGAGAGCUGUACAUCAUCUUCACUCGCUUGAUCCUGGCCUUCCGCAUCCAUGAGGCCACCGACCCUAAGGACAGGCCAAUUCUGGACACCAUUGAGUGCAAUUCGGUACCGACAAGCAUGGUCACUCAGCCGAAACCGUUCAAAGUCAGGUUCAUCCCGCGAGACCAGAAAAAGCUUGAGACCUGGAUCAGUCAGAGCUAUGAGAAUACUGCACACCUCUGA